GAGCUGAUGAUGAGCUCGUCCUCUCCCCGGCACGAGCCACCCUCUCACGUCCCAUAUAUACCUGACCGGCCCUCCCCUUUCUCCUCACACUGAACAACUGCAGCAAGCACCGUUCAAGCUAGAGGGCACUAGGUUGAGCUAGCUUAGCAAUGGCCAAGGACAUUGAGGCGGCACCCCAAGGGGGCGAGUUCUCCAGCAAGGACUACUCGGACCCGCCCCCGGCGCCGAUCGUGGACUUCGAGGAGCUGACCAAGUGGUCGCUGUACCGCGCGGUGAUCGCCGAGUUCGUCGCCACGCUCCUCUUCCUCUACAUCACCGUGGCCACCGUCAUCGGGUACAAGCACCAGUCCGACCCCACCGUCAACACCACCGACGCGGCCUGCAGCGGCGUCGGCAUCCUCGGCAUAGCAUGGGCCUUCGGCGGCAUGAUCUUCGUCCUCGUCUACUGCACCGCCGGCGUCUCAGGUGGACACAUCAACCCGGCGGUGACCUUCGGGUUGUUCCUGGCGAGGAAGGUGUCGCUCAUCCGGGCGCUGCUCUACAUCAUCGCGCAGUGCCUCGGCGCCAUCUGCGGCGUCGGCCUUGUCAAGGGCUUCCAGAGCUCCUACUACGUGCGGUACGGCGGUGGCGCCAACGAGCUCAGCGCAGGCUACUCCAAGGGCACCGGUCUAGCGGCCGAGAUCAUCGGCACCUUCGUGCUCGUCUACACGGUCUUCUCCGCCACCGACCCCAAGCGCAACGCCCGUGAUUCCCACAUCCCGGUGCUGGCUCCUCUCCCAAUCGGAUUCGCUGUGUUCAUGGUCCACUUGGCCACCAUCCCCAUCACCGGCACCGGCAUCAACCCCGCGAGAAGCUUGGGAGCUGCUGUCAUCUACAACACUGACAAGGCCUGGGAUGACCAAUGGAUCUUCUGGGUGGGGCCACUGAUCGGCGCCGCCAUUGCCGCCGCCUACCACCAGUAUGUGCUGAGGGCCAGCGCCGCCAAGCUCGGGUCCUACAGGAGCAACUAAGUCGCCCGUAGCUCCGGCCGGACGCGCGAGGGGGGGCACUGAAGUGUAGAUAUGUGCGAAGAAGAAGGCCGCCUCCAGCCAAUGCGCUAUGGCUGCUCGAUCCCACCGCUUGGUUCAGUGGCUCCAGUCUUCGCAUCAUCUGCUGCUACCGUUCCUCGGCUUGUGCAUAUGUUGAUGUGACCGUCCAUUCGUAUGUCGACGUGUUUCCGGAGUUCGCCAUGUUUGCUUGCUGCUGUUUCUUCCAAGUGUGCUUUUCUUUUGCUCGCUCUAUGUAUGUAUGUAUGUAUGUAUGUAUGUAUGUGGAGAAUUUGGUAAUCAAAGAAUUGGUACCGUUUAAGAUCUA